AUGCCCGCAAUCCGCAAGCGCAGUACGGGGAAGAAUGCAAGUUUCGGCUAUAAGAUAGCUCGUCUCAAGAUCGGUACUUCGAAGCGGAUGUUCAAAAUACAUGAGGAUCUGUUAUGCGAGCGCUCUCCGUACUUCGGAGGCUACCUGCAACCCCAGCGCAAGGAAAUCCAGGGUGACUGCCCUAUAUGCAUCGACGAGCUCAAAACUGGCGUUAAAGAGCUUACAUAUUGCACUAGAUGUGGUGGGAACUUUCACUCUGAAUGUAUCGAGAAUCUGCGCAAGCACAGUCUUCUUCCCCUUCGAUGCCCUCUAUGUCGCCGUAGCUGCAGCAAUCACUUCCGCAACUCCGGCGACUCCAGCAAGAGCUUCCCCGAGCUCCAAGCGGCAGACUUCGCGAAAUAUCACGAAUGGCUAUACAGCGGGACCAUUGGCUGCGACGACUCAGUGUAUGAAGAAGACUUCAAGCCCUUGGUCUCUGCUUAUCUGUUCUCACUCGAGGUGGAGGAUCGAAGGUUUGGCACAGCAAUACUUCAAGCCAUGUUGGAGGUCUACAAGGAUGAGGGCCUAUACCCUGAGCAGGAUGCCAUCGCGCUUGCUUACGAUGUGGACGCAUCACAUGAGCAGAGUGCGGGACUUCGUCGGCUGCGGACGUUCCUUAUUGACACCUACCUCGCCGCCGCUAAGUCAACUUGGUUUGAAGACGAGGACUGGCACAAAUAUCCUCAGGAGUUUCUGAGGGAUUUUUCUGUCGCCAUGCUGAUGCAACACCCACGCAAGAACAAAUGGAACAUCGAUACAUGGAAGGCGAAGUUGGAGGUAGAAGAGGAGGACGAGGACGAGAAUGACACUUCGGACGCAGAACAGUUUGAUACAGACACGGACGAGUGA